AUGAAACCUAAGGUCGAGGUGGAGCUGAAACGUCUAGAAAAAGAAGGCAUACUAAGAAAGGUCAAAUUCAGCGAUUGGGCGACGCCUAUUGUGCCAGUUGCCAAAUCAAACGGCACAGUUCGAAUUUGUGGCGACUAUAAGACCACAGUUAACCCCCAGCUUCAGACAGAAGAGUACCCACUCCCACGCAUCGAUGACAUAUUCGCUAAGCUAGCAGGAGGGCAGAAGUUCACCAAGAUUGACCUCAGACAGGCCUACCAUCAGAUGGAUGUGGAGGAAGAGUCACAAGAGUACUUGACGAUUAACACCCAUCAGGGGUUGUACCGAUACAACCGCCUGGUAUUCGGGAUCACUUCAGCCCCAGCAAUUUGGCAGAGAUCUAUGGAUCAAAUCUUAGAAGGGUUCGAAGGAACUAGUUGCAUCUUAGACGACAUGAUUAUCACAGGAAAAGAUGACAAAGAGCACCUUGAAAAUCUGGAGGAAGUACUGAAGAGGCUACAGGCAAAUGGCCUACGAACAAACCGCGAGUAG